UAUCUAGGACCUUACUGUGUAUUAUUUCCUUUUAUCCCCAUAUAGCUCUAAGGUCAGUGACCUUCAUAUGGGGAUAUUCACAUCUCUAUUUUACAGAAAAAGAAACAGGCAAAGGAGGGCUUGACACUUUGCUUCAGGUGCAGAAUGAAUACUAGUUAAAGACGGCAUCAGGACACAGAGCGUAUGCUCUUGACCAUGGAGCUCCAGCGAGCCUGGAGUUUCUUGUGAUGACCACUUUGUUGUUUGAAGGGGAAUUCAAAACCUGUUCCUUCACGUUCAGUCAGAAUUCAAGAAUUGAAUUUAUGUAGCAAGCUUUUGCUCUCCACGAUUUUGGCAACUUUGCCUUCAAACCAUAGAAGUGACUUGGUAAAUGGUCAUAAGAUUUAUGAGGUAUAAAACAAAAUGAAGUUUUAAGAAAACCGUGAACUUGUAAAAAAUUCAAUUUCUCAAAUUAGAGUCAUGCAAACAAUAGCUUACCAAAAAUAAUCAUUUAAAAAUUAGUGGGUAUAUCAAUAUAGGCAGUUUUGCAGAAGUUCUUUUAGGACAUCUAAUCCAAUAAAUCAAACCCUUAUCUGAAGCCUGGGUAAGAACAUGAGAAUAAUGUUACAUAUGCAUGUGUAUAUAAAUAAAUAUUAUUUACAUUUACUAUAAAUAGAAUCAUAAAGAUAAUUAUGUUACAUUAAAUAUAUGUAUUGUUUUUAAAGUAUGCACACUCGUACAACCUAUAAAAAGCCAGACAUAAAACAUAUGAAAAUAUUAUAUGUUUGCUCAAACUUUUAACUAAUUUAAAAUUUUAAUGCUAUAAAAUGAUGAACAACAUCAAGUAUAAUUCCAUGUGGUAGAAUGUGAAUUUAAACCAGAAGUUUUGUACAACCAUUGCUAGAUAGCCACUAAUCAAAGGAGUACAAAGAAAAAAUAGUUGAUACUUAGUAUUCUCUUAUCUGCUUCAUGUCCUGUGUGCGAACAGUUCAUUGUUUCGGGAUCCUUAUCUGUUGCAGCUGGGAGAAAACCCACGAAAACGUUGGUGCAAAACGCUUUUGGAAUGUGUAUUGCCAGCUCUGCUGUGGCUCUAGUUGGGUUUGUUUUGCUCUCAGUAAAUUUAGCAGUUAAUAAGCACUCUUCCAAGAACUGUGAGUCUUCAUCGUCACGGGACUUAUGCAUUUACGUGGGCAUCUUUUCAAACGGCCUGAUGUCCCUAAUGCUGAUCCUUACCUUGGUGGAAUUGUGCAUAAGCAUCUCUGUCUCAGCCAUGUGGUGCAUAGAAAGCUCAUGUAAUUCGAUUGAGGUGAUUUCCUUUCCUUCCAAUUCCGUGUAAGCAGGAAUGCCUCCUGAUGAAAAUAAGUCUGAGAGCAAGGAAAUUCAAGCUUAAAUCUCCAGUGGGUCAGAGCUUCAUCCAAGAACUCAGGAGGAUGGGAGCCUGCAAAACGCAAUCCUACUCUCUUAGGGCACCAAUCAUGAGAAACUUGAAUAUUUGGUUCAAUUUUUUCUGUUCUAAUUAUAAACCCCAUUAGUAUGUUUGGAUAUGGAAGGAAAAAUACACUUCUUUAGACGUUCUUGGUUUCGUACCUUCUGUGAUCACCAUCCAAAGUUGUUCCCAGAAUCGGUGCUCUUUCUUCUUACCCACCUACUCCACUGCCUUAUAAGGUUUAAAGAAGGAAAGUAGAGGAAUUCCUGUUUUAUGUGUUCUCUCUAAACCCGACUCCCAACCACCCACUGAAAAAGAAAAUGAGUCAGAUUUUUUUCAUUGCAGAAAAACACUUCCUGACUUUAGCUGACAUCAGCAUUGUGAAAACUCAAAGAAAAAUCCAUCAUUAUCAUGAAGAUACAUUUUUACUAUAUUUGAGAUGGGAGGGUCAAGCCUCAGAGAUUUUAUUUCAGUCAGCUGCUGAGAUUCCACCAUGCCCUGAUACAUAAAUGAUGGUGUAGACUGGGGACUCUGAGAGCAGUAUCAACAUUUGUUCUUCAAAGGCAGAGGCACGAUGAAAACUCAUCUUGAUAAUCUUGCCUCCACCAAAAAUAAAAGUCAUGCUGGCCUGUUUCCAUGUUCACAAUUGUGAAAGUCAACAGCACAUGUUCUAAGGACUCGAAUGGGUACAGGAUUGGGUAAGCAUCUCAAGAGGGGUAGAAGAAGGUGCUGGUGAAACCAGGGUCUGAAGCAAGUUGGGGGCCAUAUGAUAUGUCUCAGUUUCUGGUUUGCAUUUUGCAAGUUUCUAUUGAAAAUUCUCACAAAACGGUUUCAUGUCCAAACACCAAAGACUCCAUUGGUUUCCUGUCUAAACCUCAAGCCUAAUUUCUCAUUAUUUGCUACACACGUAAUGCACUCUUCCAUGCUCCCAGACAGCACCACCGACGGGCAUUUCCGCAGGACUUUGGCCAGCAGACGUGGUCUCGUUCUGUAGAUGAAAACUCCUGAGGGGAUGAUUUUGAGUCCUGCCUCACAUGAUGCUUUCCCAGGGAAUCUCUGCCUUGAAUUCUGCAUACCCCUGAGCGGGUAGAAGUGUUGCUCUCCUGUGCGUUCCAGCAGCAUCUGACACAUCAGUAACAUGAUCUCAUUUAUCUCUGACCUACUCUUCUAGCUUGCGACAGUGAGCAGGACAAGGAGGGUCCCGUGGUACCCACUUCUGCAUGACAGAGCAGUGCCUGACCUCGAGCCCGAAGUCCUUUUCUGAUGAAUGUGUACAUUAAGAAGUUUUAUUUCUUAAUUCCGAUAACACAUUGGUUCGGUCCACAAGCUCCCAAAGACACAAUGGGAAAAUGGCACAUGGCUUAAUAAAUUUUUGUCACGAAAGGUAUGCUCCUAGAUCUUUGAAUGUCCUCUGUUCACACACAUACCUUAGUUUCCUGGAGAAUGUGGAGAAGUUUCAUCACAUCUGGGCAAUUUGUAGUAUCUUACAGUUUAAGGAAGAGCCACUCAAGGGUAUGUCUGUAAUUCAGCUGAAAUAAAAGAAUCCCAAAUCUGUGAAUCUCAGCUGUGUAUUCAUUUUACCAUGUAUUCAUUUUUUCUUAGCUAGUUAUGCUAUUAAGAUGAGAACAUCAGUGAAGCUCUGACCUUAAUUUAGAUACAAUGGUCCGUCCAAUGCUGCUUAGAU